AUGUACUUCAGCAAACAUUUUAAAGGAUGUCUUGUUUAUGUUGUAUACUCAAUAAAGAAACUCCUUCAGGAAGAGAAAAUAAGAAGACAGAGUCAGAUUGAAGAUAUCAAUACAUCAAUUAAUAAAUUGAAAGAGAGCGUUACUUCCAUCAAAGAAACAACAUUCCAGGUGAGGUCUGACAUUGAUAAGCACUUUGGUGAUCUGAUCAACUGUAUUAAAGGAUCUCAGAGUAUUACAACAAACAUUAUUGACAGUGAGGAGACUGUCGCCUUGGCUCAAGCUGACAGCAUCCAGAGCUGGCUGAACCAGAGGUGCGGUGAGCUCACCAGGAAGAGAGAUGAGAUAGACCGUCUGUUGAAAGCUGACAACAUCCAACUCUUGAAGGAGUUUCAAACUCUGGAAGAGAUAGGGAUGGAUCUGGUGUUACCCGUGUUAGACACAGACAUUGAUAAGCAGCUCUCCAGUUUGAAGAGCACCGUUCUUGAGCUGACUAAGACUAUCAUGCAGCAGCUGCAGGAGGCCCACAAGGAGAAGCUACCUACAAUCAAAGAAAAUGGUCCUUGCGCCAAUAGUCAGCCUGCAAAAUUAAAUCAGUCGUGCAGUUCAACAGCUGCACCAUCUCUACAGAAGACUGAUUUCCAGUCUGUGUCAAAUCCUACUCAACCUGUUACCCAUCAGCAACCUAUAAUCCCAUCCCUGGGCCUGUGGGCAAUGGUAACUCCUGAGAUAAAUGCUGCUUUCCAAUCUUUGCCAAAUGAAGCUCACAGGGUCGUGCCUUGGCCUCCACCAACCUCAGUAGCAAGAGCUCAUGGUCUUAGCGGACUCCCAGACAAUCAGCAAAGGGGUACGGUACUGAGUGGCCAGUACAGUAUUGCUCCAUACAAAGCUCCUUUUGUCGUACCGGCAUUGCCUCAACCAACUCAGGUUAGACACCAGCAAACUAGUAUAUCUGUUAAGGAACAGGGACCUCUAACAGCUGCAAUGCUUUCAGCCCUCCCGCUCAAGAAACAGAAGCAGCUGCUGGGUGAACGUCUUUACCCAUUAAUAAAUACCCUACACCCUUCCAUAGCGGGAAAGAUCACUGGAAUGCUACUGGAGUUGGAUAAUGAGGAACUGCUACAGUAUUUGGAGUGCUCAGAUUCCCUUUGCUCAAAGGUUGAUGAAGCUGUGAUGGUUUUGCAGAGACAUCAGGCUCAGAAAGACUCCCUUCAGAGGGCUACCUCGAAACAGAAGAAAUGAGAAGCAACAAGUCGAUGGGACAGCCAUUGCUGUUAGAGUACUGCAGUUUGCACCAAGGAGUUGAUGUGUGAUUAGUUUACAGUAGGGUCUCGGCUGAUCUUUCAUUUCCAAGUUUUGCAGUGGCAGAGAUCUGAUGACUCACAGGGGCUUUUGGUGAAUUCGAAAGCCAGUUGAUGUUAGUCAGGUAUGUAGCAAACAAAAACUGCCCACAGUCCAACACUGGUUAGCACUGAACUCUCAAUCUCACUUGGAGAGGCCGGGUGUAUAGCUAAGGAUGGAAUAGUUACGCUUCAGUGGGAGGUGUUUAAGACUGGAGAUGUAUUACAUGGUUGAAGCACAAAAAACACAUAACCUAAGCUGCAUUAAAACUGGAAGUGCCAGUACAGGAUGUGAUAAACUGAAACCUUUUACAUUCCCCAUUAUGGAAAUCCUUCAUUUUGAGAAAUUCAACUUUAAAAAUGGGUAUUUUUAAUAGAUGUAUAUAGUUUUAAAGCCACAGGUAGAAACUUUAACCUUUUGGCUGCAGCACCAUCACUUCGCAGUGUACAGCACAUUUGUAAGUACAAUCUUAAGAUUACAUUUUAUACUGUGAAAUACAUUUUAGUUUUUGCAGACAUAAAUCUUUGUUUGAGUUGCUGGAAAGUUUCCAAGCAUGUUGAUGGCAUGUGUAGCUGCACAGCGUAGAGAAAAUGUUGAUGGAAAUGAUUUUCUUUGAGUUGACCAAUUAGUAGCCAGAAUUUGACUUGCCAUCCAGUUAAGGAUGGUGAGCAGACUUUCAAAGAUGCAGCUUGCUUUUUCACAACAGAAAGAGACCAACAAGUUCCCUCCCUCCAAGUCUUUUUAAAAAUAAGUUGUAAUAGUAGCUCAUUUGGUUAGACAUGUUUGAUUGACUCGGACUUGGAUAAAAGCUGCAGAAUCUCAGGCACAUAAAAUGUCCAGAAUAUUCAGUGUCAGUAUAAGUAAGAGCAACUAUGUUCCUUUCUAGUUUCCUUCAUUGCAAAGUCAUUCCAUUUAGAACUUAGCUUCCAUCAUUUAUGCAGUUGUCAGCCUCAAGUCUGAUUUUUGCAGUUGUUUUGAUUUAAAUACCUUUUUGUUAACAAACGCAUGAAAAACCCAUAUAAUUGCAAAUAGAAUUGAACUCUGCUCUGUGGUCCUGAGGUACCCUGGCUGAAUUUUCCCAGAAUGAAAGUAGGAUAGUGAGCCUUGAUUAUUUGUUUGACAGUUUUUUUUUAUGCAAUGCUGGGGCUAUCAAACACCAAAUAUUAAUUAUGUUUACAGUUUAUGUUAAAACAAAAAGCCCAGAGCAUGAUGUGAUGACACAGUGUGGAGCUGGAGGAACACAGCAGGCCAGGCAGCAUC